UUGGGCGCCACUUCCAUCUGCUUCUGUUGCUGCCACUUCACCGCGGGUCAGUCCGCCGUUCAAGAACGCACCUCCGAGUUCCGUGAUAUUUCUAGCCGUUCUUUCCUGACCGGAAAACGCACGGUGGCUAGCCACAAUCACACCUUCUGGUUUGGUGACAUGAACUACCGCAUCGGUCUGUCUAAGGAUGCGUCUAAGGACCCGUCGUUUAUUGAUAAAGUGAAGUCACUGGUUCAGCAAAACCGCCUACUCGACCUACAUCGAUUGGAUCAGUUGAGCGAGCAACGACGCAUUGCCGGUCUCUUUGAGGGCUACUCUGAGGGAUUUUUGUUAUUUCCGCCCACUUAUAAGUACGCCAUACUUCAGGAUGAAUACGACUCAUCCCUAGAGAAGCCCCGCGUACCCUCCUGGACUGACCGCAUCUUCUGGCGUUGCGCGAAACUUAACUUCGGCGGUCGCUCGGACUCUCCCAACGGCUCCUUGCCUUCCGCGCAGUCUGAGUUAGGAAUUGCAGAUGAAGUCAGCAACUCGUUACUGGCCUACUGUCGCGCAGAGUUGAAAAUCAGUGAUCACAGACCGGUGGGCGCUCUCUUUGACGUCGAUGUGCUGCUUGUUGAUCGCGAAAAACGAAGGCGUGUUCUUGAGGAAGUAAUCCUUGCAAACGGCCCAGCCGACGCUACCGUUCGCAUUAGGUGGACGUCUGAAGGUGAUGUCGAGGUUUACGGAACUGAUAUCUACAUGUCUGUCGUCGAAAUCGCCAUGUGCUCUGGUACUGUUUUAGUUCCACGCUUCCGGAGUAAUGAUGAACUACUGCUCACUUUCGCCUCACCAAGUGAGGCCGUUGAGGCUGUACGCUGUCUAAACGGCAACAAGGUCUCCACCGAAGCGGGCUCGAAGGGCAAGAUCGUCAACGUGAAGCUGUCAGUUUGUUUGGACUCCGCCCCCGGCUUACAAGUGCGUCACCCGGCUCCAACAACUUUCCAGGAUCAGCUGAAUAUCUGCGCAGAUGAACCCUCUGCUCGUAGCUGGCUGACUGAAAUGAACAAUAUCGUGAAGAUCUCGGAAGAGAACUACCUCCGCACCCAUGGUCCUGACCCAGCUAUCAGUGUGUUCAAACCGCGCCCUCGCCGAGGCUCACCU